AUGCAAAAUUAUCUUUUAAUAAAUGAAUUGAAUGCUAGAGAAAAAGUAAACCUCUACAUUUAUAAAGCCUAAACCAAUUGAAUUCUAUAAUAAAUUAGCCUAGGAAACAGUUUCCAAAAGAGACUUACUCAUUUAAUGGUUAAUCUAAGUAAUUUAAUUUUUAUACAAAAGAAUACUUUUUAACAAAAGAUUUCUCUCAAAACAAUUGAAUUAGCUGUUCUCUAUAUUGAUAUAUUUCUUAAUGUAUAGGAUAUCUCUGAAUAAAAAUUAUAACUUUUAGGAAUAAGUGCCUUCAAUCUUGCUGCUAAAGUUAAUUUUUAUUUUAUUGCUUUAGUUCAAUUAAAAAGGAAUAAGAAGACAAACUAAAAUUUAUGAUUCUUAUGGAAAUGGAAUGUAUUAAGAUCUUGAAUACGAUGAAAUGGAAAUAUAAUUGCUUUAAACUAUGUAAUUUUAAUUGAAUUUUAUCACUUCUUCAGAUUAUGCAGAACUUAUAGGACUAAAUCUUUAGGAUGAGAAAAUAAAAUCUUAUUUUCUAUUUAUCUUAGUAGGUACCAAUAAAAUAAGAAUAGAUUUUUAAAUUUAUAAGUAUCAACAUUUAGAAUUAGCUUUGGCAAUUCUUUUUCUAUCAGAUGAAAAUACUCAGUAAUUUUAGCCAAAAAUUCAUCAAAUAUCAAAAGUUAUUUAAGAGGUAGUUAAUCAACAUGAAAAAUUAUAUGAACAAGAGGAUGAUAAAUAAUCAUUAAUUUAAACUAAUUUAAAUGAAAAAAAAAUAAAAAAGAGAAUAAAGAAUAGAAUAAAGAAAAGAAUAAAGAAAAGAAUAAAAAAAACCAAAGCAUUAAGAAAACAUUUAUUAAAAUAAUUUUAAUAAUAAUAGCUAAAGAAACAAUGA